AUGUGGAGGAGAGCUGAUUCCGUCAUGCAUCCGUGGGUAGCCUUCGCGGGCCUCAUGCUACUUUGGACAGAAGCUGCAGUUGCUCAGGCGCGUGUUAACGGAGUGGUGGGCCAGCCUGUCACGCUGCCCUGCACCUACUCCACAGCUCGUGAAACCACAUCCAUGUGCUGGGGCCGUGGCUCAUGUCCUUCCUUUCAAUGCGCAAGUCCACUCAUCCGGACGGAUGGCUACCGCGUCACCUUUCAGAGGGACAGGCGUUAUACCCUGAAAGGAAGGAUUUCUCAAGGGAACGUGUCUUUAACCAUAGAGAAUGCAGCCCAGUCUGAUAGUGGCACGUAUUGUUGCCGUGUUGAGCGCUCAGGGUGGUUUAAUGAUUUGAAAGUCAACAUGGUAUUGGAUGUAAAGCCAGCUCCACCUAAGGCCACCAGGGCUCCAACAUCACCUAAGGUCUUCACCUCUGCUCCUACAACUGCAGCACCAACAACGAAACUCACGACAGCUCCACCUAAGGUCACCAGUGUUCCAACAUCACCGAGGGUCUUCACGUCUGCUCCUACAAUGCCAUCAUCCACAUGGAACCUCGAGACAGAAACUGCUUCAUCUUCUCCAGUGCAGACAGCAGAAACCCAGCCUAACACACCACAGGGAACGAACACGACCAGCUCAUCAUCACACUGUGGCCCAACAGAUGGGAACAGCACUGUGAUGCAACCGUCAGAGGGUGGCUGGCAAGACACUGGAAAUCGCGUGAACUUGGAAGAAAACCCAUGGAUGAGCCAUAAGGCUCUCUCCAUCGGGCUCUCCACGGCCGCCCUGAUGCUGCUCAGUGUUUUGGCUGCCGUAGUUACCAGAAAAUAUUUAUGUGAGAGAAUAAAGGUGUUGCAUAUAAGCAAACUUUCAUCAAAUGACAUUAAGGAUGGAACGUCACAGAAUGAAACUGCAGUGCACUACCGAGCGGAUGAGAAUAUCUACUUUGAGAAUAAUCUUUACAGUGCACAUUAAGACCCAGCAGCCGUCCAAGCCUUUAUGCCCUUGACUGUAGAAGACAAUGACCAGAUCUCACCAUGUCAAAGUCCCUUUAAGCUCCAGGAUGAUUUUUCUAUCAA